UCUCUCUCUCUCUCUCUCUCUCUCUCUUACUAUCAGAAGCUUUUCAAUGGCUUUUCUCCGCCACCAAAAAAGCUUCGUCUUCCCUGCUCCACCUCCAUCUCCGAUCGCCAAUGGCAGAGGAUUAAGAUCAGCCGCCGUAGACGAUCAGAUCCUCUCCGAAUAUCUCGAGAACAAUCUACGUAUCCCUGAACUUGAUCUAUACCAAUCUCGGUCUCCGUCGAUUUCACAUCUCCCGAUUCCAGAUGAAAUCGAUCUACGGUUGCUUUCUUCAAGAGACGAUGAAUCUAUUCGUCAGGUAUUGGAAUCGGUAGUUGAGUUCGGCGUUUUCAGAAUCAUCGGUCAUGGAAUCUCUGCUGAUGAAAUAGGUUCGUUGAUUGACGAAGCAGAGAUGGUUUUUCCGAUCCCGGUGGAGUUAAAGAGGGAUUUGAAUCGAGAAAAGUUCUUGUGGUUUUCUUAUGGAAAAACUAGACUACGAGGAGAGAUCGGUCCCGAAAGAAAUCGGAGCUUAAGCCAAACGAUGGAUCACAUUUUUGGCAAACUGGAAACCAUUGCUGACAUGGUUGGUCACAUACUGUCAGAGCAUGUGGGCAAUAAGAAGCCCAGGGAGGAAGGUGUUCAAGUCCAAAGGAGAGAUCAAAUUCUCUGUUUAAAUAAAACCAUGGGCCCAAAUCUGUCUUACAAUGACUCUUAUCACUAUGCUCUGAGCCUCUUCCUUUCUGACAGCGACCAUGAGUUCUUGGUUCAGUCUGCAAGAGGUCCUUUGUUAUUGAAUGCAAUAGGUGGAAGUAUUAUCGUCACCAUCAGAAAACAGUUCCAGGAAUGGAGGAUUGGUGAGUUCAAAGGUGUUUCUAGGGAGCCAAAUUUGGUGCUAAACUCUGAUGGAAGCCCCUCUUUCUUUGUUGAGUUCAUGUGUACUCCUUCAACAUUAACUUAUAACAACCCUGAUUAUCAAAUGAGGAAAAUCUCUUUGCAUGAUCAAAUCUUGAUAGUCCUCGUCAUUUUUUUCUUAUACAAUUUCUUCACCUCUAUCUCCUCCAGAUUUUGAGGAACUUAAGAUCUACAGUUGGGAGUGGUAUUCUUGUCCAAGGUUGAAUAAUAUACUUGUGUGCUGA